AUGACAACUCAAGUAGAUUCAGGUCAUGAAGAUAUGAUUCAUGAUGCUCAAUUUGACUAUUAUGGUAAGUUUUUAGCUACAUGUUCAUCCGAUAGAUUAAUUAAAAUUUUUGAUGUUGGUGGUGAAACUCAUCAACACCUUGUAGAUUUAAGAGGACAUGAAGGUCCAGUAUGGCAAGUUGCUUGGGCACACCCAAAGUUUGGUAAAAUGUUAGCAUCAGCAUCAUAUGAUCGUAAAGUUAUUAUUUGGAAAGAAAUUGCACUUAACCAAUGGCAAAUGGUUCAUCAAUUUGCUGGUCACGAAUUAUCAGUUAAUUCAAUUUCAUGGGCCCCACAUGAAUUUGGUUUAUGUUUAGCAUGUGCAAGUUCUGAUGGUACUGUUACCAUUCAUAACUAUAAUAAUAAUGUUUGGGAAGCCCCACAAAAAAUUCAAGUAUCACAAAUUGGUGUUAACUCAGUAUCAUGGGCACCAGCAGCAAUUCCAGCAUCAUUAGUUGUUAGUACAAAUGCAUCAAUUCCAAUGCCAGUUAAAAGAAUUGUAACAGGUUCAUGCGAUAAUUUAAUUAAGAUUUUCAAAUAUGUUGAGGAUAAAUGGAUUCUCGAUAAGCAAUUAGAAGAUCAUAAAGAUUGGGUUAGAGAUGUUGCAUGGGCACCAAAUAUUGGUUUACCAUACUCUAAAAUCGCUUCAUGUUCACAAGAUCAUACAGUUAUUGUUUGGACUCAAGAUGAAAAUGGUCAAUGGACUGGUAAACCAUUACCAAAGUUCGACGAUAUCGUUUGGAGAGUAAGCUGGUCUGUUAUUGGUAAUAUUUUAGCUGUUUCAUGUGGUGAUAACCAAACCACCCUCUGGAAGGAAGGUGUUGAUUCCGAAUGGAAAUGUAUUUCUCAAGUUGAAAAUAAUUAA